AUGCGCUCCCUACUUUCUCUGAUCACGCUUGUUGCCGUAGUUCAGGCACAGAAUGCGACUUUCCAACAAGCUAGUGCAUCGAGCCUCAACACCGCCGGCUUCACGGUCAGCAAUGUCCAUCAAUCCAAUGGAGGAGGAUCCGUUUGCGUAUCUGGCACUGUCAGAGUCCGGGCCUCGGCUGAGAACUUGAAGUUCGCUUUUACAUCGCCUACUCAGCAGACCGAUGUCACGCAGAUGCUUCUAGAGGUAUUUCAGGUAAACUCGCCUACGCUCGCCGAGCUACUCCAAUCGCCUACUCAGGUAGUUAGUGGGACUUGGACCAUUGGCGCAACCCUUUGCGUUCCGCCCAACAAUUUGAGGCCGAAGGCGGUGCAGCUGCUCACGCACGGGUUCGGCUUCGAUCGUAACAACUGGGACUUUGCUCCAGGCUACAGUUACGUUGAUAUUGCGACCAGUCAUGGCUACGCCGUCUUCUUCUACGAUCGCCUCGGGAUUGGCGCAAGCGACAAGCCAGAUCCAUUGAACGUCGUGCAGACACCGCUCGAGAUCGAGAUCGCCAACAAGCUGGCCACCAUGCUGCAGUCCGGCUUCUUCAGCGGCGUCACCUUCAGUACUGUUAUUGGCGUCGGCUACAGCUAUGGCUGUUACGUGACUUUGGGAGUUGCAGAGCAGCAUCCAUCCACCCUUGACGCCACCGUCCUGAUUGGUGCGAGCGCGAACCUUACGGGAAUACCGCCCUUCUUCCUUGGCCUGAACGCUGCGAUUGCGAACCAAAACCAGCCAGAGCGCUUCGGCGCACUUGACAGCGGGUACCUCGUUCCCGACAGCGCUAUCUCGUGCCAGCAAGCUUUCUUCCGCUCUCCGAAUUUCGAUCCAGCGAUCCUCGCCAAAGUCGCCGCAACAAAGCAGCCUUUGACGUUAGGCGAGGCCAUUUCGACGCCUUUGCGUCUCCUUCCGCCUUUCGCGCCCGCUUCCGACUACACGAAUCCGGUAAUGGUGGUCAACGGAGAAGGAGAUCUGCCCUUCUGUGACGGCAAUUGCACCUACCCGACAGAUCUUGCUGCGCAAGUUCGGCCAGCGUUGUAUCCGAACGUAGCCGCAAGCAAGUUUCAGAGUUUGAUCGUACCGGAUACAGGCCAUUGCGUGAAUCUGCAUACGACGGCAACGGGUGCGUUUCAGAGCGUGCAAGCCUUUCUCCAGCAGCAGGGUUUAGGAGCGUAG